AGGCUCUGAUUUGCGUCUCAGGGCUGCUGUCAGAGGGAGGCUCUAACCCAGCAGGCUGCAGAAAGGACCCACAGGCCAGUCAUCAGGGGCUCGGCUCAGCGCGAAGGCAGGACAAUGGCAGAUGAGGAUAUCUAUGAGAACAUGCCAAUGAUGGAAGCUGCUCCCCAGCCCAAAGGAAACCCUCCAGAGACAUCGGUCCCUUGGCGGCACAGGGCAGGGGGCAUCGUCACUGCUGUCCUUCUCCUCCUGGGUCUGGCCCUGGCCACGUCCCUCCUUGCUGUGACACUUCUAUAUCUCCGGGCACAGAGCAAGCUGCAAGCGGUUGAAGAAGCGGUGCAGAAGCUCCAAGUCUCUCUGCAGCCUGACAACGCCUCGGACGCAUCAGCAAAGAGAUUGGACAGUCUGCAGCUAUUGGAUGAAGCGCAGGCAGGAGUCCGGAUGCUGAAAGCCCAGCUGGGUAACGUCAGUGCAGCGUAUGGAGAAAUCCAGAUCCGUCUGGACAACGUCAGUGCAGCAUAUGGAGAAAUCCAGAUCCGGCUGGACAACGUCAGUGCAGCGUAUGGAGAAAUCCAGAUCUGGCUGGACAACGUCAGUGCAGCACGAGCAGAAGUGCAAGGUCGCUACAGUGACGUGCUGACAAAGCUCUCCAGGGGCUGGAGCUUUUACGGUGGGAACCUCUAUUACUUUUCACAAGAAAAGAAGCCGUGGGAUGAGGCCGAGCAGUUCUGUGUGUCUCAGGACUCGCACCUGACCUCUGUCUCCUCCCAGGAACAGGAGUUUCUCUCCAAGGAGACCCAGGGAGAAGCUCACUGGAUUGGACUCAACGACCGGGAGACAGAAGGCAGCUGGCGCUGGGCGGAUGGCACAGAAUACAGAGCAGACGCAAGCAGGGGGUUCUGGGCGCAGAAUGAGCCAGACAAUUACGAUCCGAAGAAAGAUGGUGGAGAAGACUGUGUUCACACUGAGCCAAGAAAGCGGAAUUUGUGGAAUGAUGCCAACUGCACUCAGCCUUUCAGGUGGAUUUGUAAGCAGGCCCAUGGAUAGGCUGGGCUGUGACAUGCAGGUCUCAGCACGUCAAAAAGCACUUUAAUUUUCAAGCUAGAAUAUUUCCCAGCGACCUGCUGGUGAGGAGCCCUUUACACUGGAGGGGCCGCAUGGGACUGGCAUUGCAGGGGGAGCCCCCAGGAGGAAUCCUGGAUGGACCAGCCUGAAUUCCUCCUAGUGGCUUCUAGGGCGCACGUGGCAAAGGACUUCCUCCACCAGCCUCUGGGAGGGUGUGAUGAGCUCCCAGCUCACUUCCACCUACCGCCCAGGGAGCUGCCAGCAAGGAGCAAGAACGGCAUUUCCCCAUGAGAUUCUGGCCAGCUCCUCAUAGACUUUAAGGUCAGAAGGGACCAUUAUGAUCAUCUAGUCUGACCUCCUGCACAAAGCAGGCCACAGAAUCUUACCCAUCCACUUCUAUAACA